AUGGCUCCUAGCAAGCAAAUCCGUACGAAUGUCACGGAGAUCCUGGGUGUCCGCCACCCAGUCCUCCUGGCAGGCAUGUUCAAUGUCGCGUCCCCAAAACUCGCUGCAGCCGUGACCAACGGCGGAGGUCUGGGAGUGAUCGGCGGCGUGCAGUACACCCCUGAACUUCUCCGCGAAGCGCUCAACGAACUGAAGAGCUACCUGAUCGACAAGAACGCGCCUUUCGGCGUCGACCUCCUCAUCCCGAAAGUCGGCGGUAACGCGCGCAAGACCAACUAUGACUACUCGCACGGCAAACUCGGCGAGCUCAUCGAGAUCAUCAUCGAAAGCGGUGCGAAACUCUUCGUCUGCGCAGUCGGUGUCCCACCGAAAUGGGCUGUCGACCGCCUCCACCAGGGCGGCGUCCUUUACAUGAACAUGAUCGGGCACCCUAAACAUGCACUCAAGGCUGUCGAGGUUGGGGCGGACCUCAUCUGCGCACAAGGUGGUGAAGGCGGAGGCCACACAGGCGACAUCCCCACUGUCGUCCUGAUCCCCGCCGUAGCGGAAGUUCUCCAGGGGAAAAUCAGCCCCUUCACGAAACGCCAGGUCGCCCUCGUCGCGGCGGGAGGCAUGUUCAACGGCCAGUCUCUCGCAGCAGCGAUCAUGCUGGGCGCCGGCGCCGUGUGGGUAGGAACACGCUUCAUCCUGUCCGAGGAAUCCGGCGCAUCACGCGUGCACCAGAAAGCCCUCCAAGACGCGGGCUUCGACGACAUCAUCCGCACGACUAUCUUCAGCGGCCGCCCGCUGAAUACCCAGGCGACGCCGUAUAUCCGGCGGUGGGAGGAAGAGCGCAAGCAGGAGAUGCAGGAGCUGCAGGGGAGGGGGAUUAUCCCGCUCGCGCAUGAUAUGGAAACGAAGAAGGAUGAUGAUGAGGUGUUGGAUAAUGCGCAUCCGUUCCUUAUGGGUAAGGUUGCGGGGCUUGUGAGGGAACGGUUGCCUGCGGGGAAGAUUGUCGAGGAGAUGGUCGAGGAGGCUUCGGCGUUGUUGGAGGCCGGGGGGAGGGCUGUUUCGAAGCUGUAG